UUGGUUCAUUAAUGGCAAGCAUUCUGAGCAAGAAAAACGCCAAAAAGGGAGCUACAUGUACACUAGACUCUAGAGUAGAGACCAAAACGCAAGGAAGCGAAUCCUGCUAAACUGGUGAACGUUGCUUACCAAAAAGAACCCUAACAUCCAUUUCCCUCCAAAAUUUACCAUAUUUCAUUGAUACAAACCGUACAAGCUGUUUCAUUUAUCUAUCAACAAUAGCUUAGACGAAUCUUCUACGAUCAACGGAACUUGACAGCUUUUGUGGAUGAUCCGUAAAUAAAUUUGGUAGAAUGUCGGGAGAAGUCGAAUCUAAUUCGGUUGUGUUGGUGAGAUCAUGGAGGACCGCAUUCUUGACUUUAAGGGAUGAAACACAAAGUCAUGCUACAAACACUUUUAGUACUGUUCUUCCUUUGAUUGAUGAACUCAUUUUGGCGAACUUUCAUUCCUUUGUCGCUGCUGCGCAUUCCCUUCCACCUCAUGAGGUCACGUCUGAUUUGAUGUAUUUACUUAAUAUGGCGGCCUCAAGUCAUUGCAUGAAUGAAGAUACAGAGCAUGCUUUAUCUCUCAUUUGUCAUCUGGUUCAGAAAAUUACUCUUCGUAUGCCCCUUGAAUUGAGUUUUUCUGCUUGGUCGGAGAUGCUUGGAUCUUUCACCAAGAUAACAAAUUUUUUCAUUGAAAAUGCCACUAGAAGAAGAAUCUUUUCUGAAAAUUCUGCUAGCAUGAUAGCUGCAAGGGAUUGUCUAGAGACUAUAAGGCAUUUAAUUAGCAUGGAUGCUCGCAAGUCCUCAAUAUCUGAAAACAUUCGGCUUGUGGAAUUUCUACUUCAUAUUGUUGUAUGCUGUCAUUCUGAGAUGAGUAGAUACUGUCAUUCUAAUGAUGAUUUGAGGUGUGUGGGUGACCAUGGGAAGAAAUUACCUCAACAGGCUGGCUUGUGGAAAGUUCAAACAAAUGCCUUCUCUAUGAUUGGCGAAUCAUUUACAAGACUAGGAGCUUCUUUCCCUGUAGACACUUGGCAGUCAGUUGUUGAGGUUUUGAGGAAAGUGAUGGAUGGACUUGCAACCAAUAUGCUUCCUAUAGAGGAUGGUGUCCUGUCUAGGUUUUACUCCUCUGUCUUGCAUUGCCUUCAUCUUGUACUUAUAAAUCGGAAAGGCUCUCUUUCAGAUCACUUGACAGCUUUUGUUGCAGCGUUAAGAAUAUUUCUAGCUUAUGGCCUGAAUAAUUCAAACAUGCUAUCCUGUCGUGGAGAUAAGGAUCCAGGCCCUUCAAACAAUAAAAUUACUUCGAAGGAAACCUUUAAAAAAGAUAUUGGUGCCUACAGGCCUCCACAUUUGCGUAGGAAGACAUAUUCUUUGCAGCAGAAAUUGACGAGGACUUCUCAAACAUUAUCAGAUCAUGACUCUUCUCAUGAAUUAUCAUCAUCUGAUUCUGACUUUAGUGAUAGCGACGGUGUACUGAAAGAUUUUGAUAAUGUUCGCAGCAAUAAGGCAAGAGUAUCGGCAAUAAAUUGUAUACAGGAUCUUUGUGAAGCUGAUCCAAAGGCAUUUGUUUCUCAGUGGUCAAUGCUUUUACCAACUAAUGAUAUACUUCAACCAAGGAAGUAUGAGGUGACUUUGAUGACUUGCUUGUUAUAUGAUCCAUUCUUGAAGGUUCGCCUGGCAUCUGCUUCAACAAUUGCAGCCAUGUUGGAGGAGCCGGCCUCUAUUGCUCUUCAAGUUGCAGAAUACAGGGAAUCAACUAAAUGUGGAUCGUUCACAGCACUUUCAAGCUCUCUGGGUCAGAUACUUAUGCAACUUCAUGCUGGUGUGUUGUACUUGAUUCAGCAUGAGAGGCAUACUGGAUUGUUGACUUCCUUGUUCAAGAUUCUCAUGCUCUUGAUAUCAUCCACACCGUAUUCGAGGAUGCCUGGAGAGUUGUUACCCAGAGUUCUUUCAUCUCUUAGAUUGAGGAUAGAGGGAGGAAUUCCGUUCAAAAGUGAUCAGACCAGUUUGCAGGCCGUUGCUAUCAGUUGCCUGACAGCAGCCUUAUCCACAUCACCUUCAUCGUCGAAUGUGAAUGAAAUGUUUGAAGCUGAAAUAUCAGCAGGUUUAUUGUUGGGAAAAGAAAGAUCGGGUUUCUUGGUUACUCUAUUUCAGCACGCUGAGCAAGUUACAAAUCCUGCAAUAUGUUUGGAAGCUCUCCAGGCUCUCAAAGCUGUAUGCCACAACUAUCCUAACAUAAUGGCUGCGUGUUGGAAACAAAUUUCAACUAUUGUGUAUCAAAUUUUGAAGCCAGAGACUUCAGGGAUACCAUAUCGAAAGGGAGUUUAUGGACUUGACACUGGAUCAACUAUGGAAAAGGUUGUGUCUGCUUCUGUCAAGGUUUUAGAUGAAUGUCUUCGUGCUGUUUCUGGAUUUAAAGGAACUGAGGAUCUAUUUGGUGAUAGAGUUGUCGAGGGUCCCUUUGUGUCAGACUUUGUGCGUGACAAGAAAGUCUCUUCUGCUCCUUCAUAUGUUUUGGAGACUUCUGAAAUUUCUGAAGAUAACCAAUCGGGAAGCUUAGAGUGGUCUGAGUCCAUUGAGAAGCACAUAGCCAUAUCUAUAUGCCAUGCAUCUGGAAUGGUAAGAGCUGCGUCGAUCACUUGUUUUGCUGGCAUCACCUGCAUGGUCUUUUUUUCUCUCAAGAAGCAGCAGCAACAGUUCAUUCUUUCUUCCUGUAUACAUGCUGCAAAUGAUUCAAUCCCUUCAGUUAGGGCUGCUGCAUGCCGAGCCAUUGGUGUUAUUGCAUGUUUUCCAGAUAUUCUAAGGAGUGCAGAUAUCAUUAACAAGUUUAUUGUUGCCGUUGAGGUCAAUACACGUGAUCAACCUGUCCCGGUGCGAGUCACUGCAUCUUGGGCCGUGGCAAAUAUAUGCGACUCUUUCCGGCACUCUUUUUCUGGUACUGAUUUAGCAUCUGAAGCAAAUUUCCGGCUGUUGAUGUUUUUGUUAGAAUGUUCGUUAAAGCUAACAACAGAUGGAGACAAGAUAAAGUCAAAUGCUGUCAGAGCUCUAGGUAAUCUGUCAAGAGUGAUCCCUUUUGUAAAUCCCCUUGAACAAGGAAAAUGUGCAUUCUCAAGCCCGUUAACCAGCAAAAUGGGAAUCUUUUCUUGGAAGUGCAGUUUAACUCAGAAGGAUACUAAUUGCUCUUCAAAUUCCACGGGAUGUUUUCAUUUGUUGGAGAAUAUUGUGCAAGCUUUUCUUUCAUGUAUUACAACAGGAAAUGUGAAGGUCCAGUGGAAUGUUUGUCAUGCGUUAAGCAACUUAUUCCUGAAUGAAUCACUGCGAAUGCAGCAAAUGGAUUGGGCAUCAUCAAUUUAUAGUAUACUUCUGCUGUUGCUUCGUGAUUCUUCCAACUUCAAAAUCCGGAUACAAGCUGCCGCUGCUUUGGCUGUGCCAUCAACAAUGCUAGAUUAUGGAAGCUCAUUCUCAGAUGUUGUUCGAGGAAUUCAACACAUUCUUGAAAAUGUGACAACAGACCAACAUUCAACUCCUAGUUUUAAGUAUAGAAUUGCUCUGGAGAACCAGCUGACUGCAAGCAUGCUUCACGUACUUGGUCUUUGUUCGAGCAGCACUCAUGAACCUCUGAAAGAAUUUCUCCUCAAAAAAGCAUCCUUUAUUGAAAGUUGGCUUAAAGGUUUAUGCUCAUCACUUGAAGUAAGAGCUCAAAAAGAUGAUGAAGCGGACUCAUUUAGGAUUCAAAAAAGAGAGAUAGUGAACAAGGCAAUACAUUCACUGAUUGAAGUGUAUGAAAGCAAAAACCAGUCUUCUUCAGCCGAAAAACUUGGAAAAUUACUGGCAAUUUGCAGUUGAAUUUUUCGACUUAUCAAGUUCUUGCACUGCGAUUUGAGAAAUGCAUUCUUCUACCUGUUCUCUGUCUGUCCGUUAUUGCAUACAAUAUGAUUGCCCUAAAAGCUGGACAUCGCACUUGCCGUGGAGGCCAUAUGUGUUUGAUGCAAUCAUCGCCGAAGCGUGUGAUGAUGUGGAGUGUACCCGUAAUAGAGCAAGCACGAAGAUAUCUGGAAAUGAGUUUUAAAUCAUGUUUAUCUAGCAAGAACGGCUUCCUAGAGCAUGGAUUUUUAGAGUUCAUUGUUUGUUUUUUCUGGGUAUAGAAGUACUCGUUUUGUUUGUUUAUGGUAUAUUUAUCCUUCUUUGAUUAUGAAUAUGCUUCUCUAAUUUUUGGCAAAUUUAGGUGAUAGCUGGGGUAGGAAUGUAGGAUAUGUAAGGCAAUAUAAGUGAUAGUUUAUCCAUUAAGUGUUUAUUUCCUCUAAUUAUACACAUGUACGUUGCAACUCUACCUACAAAUUAUACAAAGUAUUAUGUUGGCAGC